UACAGUCAUGAUUUUUAUCUUUUUUUUCCCUCUUACCCGAGGGGCUUGAUUAUUAUAUUUCUGUAUCAUUUGGGUACCGAGUAUAAGUACUUAGCUAUGCCAUUAAUCGAUAGCUGCAGUGAAGAAUUGUUAAAUCCUUUUGCAAUAUUGUGCAAUUAUUGAAGAAAGGAAAAAAAUUAAUAAGACUGCUACUAUAAGGCCAGCUCUGAUUUGCUCCUGGGACUGUUGGUGGUACAUGUUCAAAAAGUGAAUCUAGUUGGGAUGAUGGUGUUAAGAAGGAUGAGUGAUAAUGCAAGAAGAGGGUGUUAAGAAGGAUGAGUGAUAAUACAAGAAAAGAUAUGAUAAAGAACAAAUGCAUUUGUCAGAAGUUGGAGGUGGCACCAACAUUGAUGAAAGAUAACGUAGGAUGAUUUGGCUGUGUUCAAUGAAGAUCAAUGCAUGAGUGGUAUGGAGGAAUAAUUUGAUCCAAGUUGAAGGUGCUAAAAUCACUGGAGGGUGUUGAAAUAAAAUGUGGAUUGUACCCUUCUUUUUCUGCGAGGGAAUAUACUUGGCUUCUGUGACAAAGUUGGGGUGCUUAACAGUGCAUGACUUUGAAAGUCUUUAUUGUCAGACUAUCGAAAUAUCAACAUGCUUGGAAGAAGGUGAAACAAGACAUUUGCUGCAUCUUUCUACAGAUCAUCAACUUGAUGUAGUUCGUUGGAACCUUGCUAACCAAGAUGAGGUUGCGUGCACAUCUAUGAAAAGUAACGAAGUACUGAUUUUUGAUGUUGGUUACAUCUCUUCUGAACCAGUUGUAGUUUUGCAAAAGAGACAUACUAUCAAUGCACAUAAAGGCUUAUCUGACAUAGCUUUUACUUCAACUGAUGAUUCAAGGUUAUUUGCUUCUGAUAUGUGUGGUGUAAUCCAUUUAUGGGAUAGAAGAGCGAGUGACUUUCCGUGUCUUGAGCUUACAACUAAUUCCCGGACCACCCUUAAUAGUAUCCAAUUAAAUGAAGAAAAUCAGAUCAUUUUUGGAGCUGGCAAACUUGGGGUUAUAUAUAUGUGGGAUCUUCGUGGAGGAAGAACAUCUGCUGCUUUUCAAAGCCAUAAAGAGGUAUAUCAUCCUCCUCUAGCAUCUAUAAAGUUAGCAUCAAUGCUGGAGAAAAUUGAGCCCUUGAAGGCACAAGCAGAUAUCAUUUCAAAGGAAAUACACUCAGUAGAUCUUGAUCCAUCUUGCCCAUAUCAAUUGGCAUUCCAUCUUGAUGACGGUUGGUCAGGUGUUUUGGAUAUUCAUAAUUUUCAAGUGACACAUAUUCAUUGCCCUCCCCCAGCUUGGCUGAAUGGCUCAAAUAGUUCAGCUGAUGUAUCAUAUGUCAGAAAACCGUCAUGGUUACCAACAUAUUCAAUCUAUGCGGUUGGAUCAUCAUCAGAUAAUGGCAUUCAUCUUUUAGAUUUCUAUCCAGACUCCAGUUCUCCCUGUCAUGUUGAGUACAGCGAGGAUAUGCAGAGCUUAUCUGGUGUAAAAAACCAGAGAAAACAAAACAUGUUUGUUCCCUUGUCUGAAGGUGUUACUGCAUGUGCCACUCAUCCCCUCAAUGGCACCAUCAUAGCUGGAACCAAGCAAUCAUCCCUGCUAGUGAUUUCCCAAAGGCACAAGUCAUGCCAAGGAGACCAUUGCCAAAGCAAAGAGGAAGGCCCUUUGUGAUCAGAGCAAAGUUUAUAUGUCCAGAGUUGAAGCCGAAUAUCUUUGCACACAUGGAUUUUUAAUCAACUAGGGCCAGAUGGGCAUGAAAUCCUCCAGUACGACAAAGGAAACCGUCCAAUAAUAUAUGUGCUUCAAGAACACUUCCAAGCAAUGUCAAAAUAUAAUUUCAUUGAUCACAUGAACUUGGAAAAAAUCUGUCUUUUUCUAUAAUAAUAUCACCCCAUGAAGAUUGUAUCAGGAAGCGUUUCUGCUUCAGCCCAAUGCCCAUUUUCAUUCAAUGACACAUACAACAAUUGGGUCUUUUUUCAUUUCUA